UUUCUAACACACGCUCUGGCAUAUAGAUGCAGCAGCACAAAAGGGAAGCGCAAAAGUACAACACAACCAAAAGGGAAGGGCGAAAGGCAGAGAAAUGGUGAUUAAUAUUCUGUUAAACAAUAAAGAGUUAAUUGUUUUCGACAAUGAAAUUAACUUUAAUGAUAUAUGCACGAAAAUCGAAGAGGCCACACACUUGCGACGCGACGAUUACUACCUCGUGAGCAAUGGCAAACGUUUGACUGGCGACUCGAGCCAUCAGCAUGAGAGCAUCCACUGCAUCCUCCGCCAGGUGGGCGGCAAGGGUGGUUUCGGCUCCAUGCUGCGUGCGAUUGGGGCGCAGAUCGAAAAGACCACGAACCGUGAGGCAUGUCGCGAUCUGAGUGGACGUCGCCUGCGCGACAUCAACGAGGAAAAGCGCGUCCGGGCCUGGCUGGGCAAGCAGGCGGAGCGGGAGCGCGAGCGGGAGGAGCGGAAGAAGCGCAAGAUUGAGAAACUUCUGGCAGUGCCCAAGCACGACUUCAAAGACGAAAAGUACGAGGAGGCCAGGGCCAAUCUGGCGGAUAAGGUGAGUGACGCCUUCGAGGAGGGCCUCAAGCAGGCCGAGGAAAUCAAGGAGAAGCAUGCAGCGGCAGCAUCAUCAGCCUCGGAACAGCCAUCCGUUAGUGGCAUCAAGAGAAAAACCAAAACCCCAGGCGACGAUAAGACAAAGGCAAAGAAGAAAAAGGGAGCCCUCUGGAUUGGUGAUGACAUCUCGGGCUCCGACACGGACGACUCAGAUGACAGCGAAGAGGAGCAGCCAGAGACAAAGAAGAAAAUAGCCAUUAAAAGUUGAAUGAAUUAGGUUUAAUAUUAAGCACUAAGAAGAAUAAUAGCAUAAAUAAACGAUGAAUAAAGGACAAACGACAAAACA